UCGAAGGCCAUUUUAUACGGGCUCCAUAUUCAGAGCCCAACUCAAAGACUGGAUCCAAAAAGCUUGUUAGACCGUCUCUACGCCCGAGGGCCGGCCAACUCUUCACCAGGGAUUCCGAACCAGGAGGAGAGAGAUAUGCAAUCGUGUUCGUUAAACCUCUCUUAAUUCUCAGCUCCGACGACCAACACCGCUUUACCCGCAUUAGGCGACGGCAAAAAAAUGUCGCCUUCUGCCUCCUCCGUCUUCUAUCCAAACCCACUCUUCUCCAUGCAGAAUUUAUAUGGUCGCUCUACUUCUCCCUAUAUACCGUGGCGAAAUCCUAAUUUGGCGAGGAUGAAACUGACAGUUAGAGCUACUGGGAAGAAGAUAUCUUACGGGAAAGACUGCAGGGAGGCCUUGCAAGCUGGAAUCAAUAAGCUCGCCGAUGCUGUCUCUGUGACUCUAGGGCCUAGAGGGAGAAAUGUUGUUCUUUCUGAUUCUAAGUCACUGAAGGUGGUGAAUGAUGGGGUUACUAUAGCUCGGGCAAUAGAGCUCUCUGAUACAAUGGAGAAUGUGGGAGCGACUCUAAUCCAAGAGGUUGCUGUUAAAGUGAAUGCUUUGGCUGGUGAUGGCACAACAACUGCAAUCAUUUUGGCUCGUUCCAUGAUCAAAUAUGGUAUGUUAGCUGUUGCUUUUGGGGCCAGUCCAAUUUCUUUGAAGAGAGGAAUUGAUGCCACAGUCAAAGAGUUGAUCGAAGUCUUGAAGAAUAACAGCUAUCCUGUUAAUGGAAGGGAAGACAUAAAAGCCAUUGCCUCAAUUUCUGCUGGAAAUGAUGAAUUCGUUGGCAACUUAAUUGCUGACACUAUUGAGAAAAUUGGCCCCGACGGAGUAAUCUCCCUAGAAACAUCUCAAACCUCAGAAACUAUUGUAACAAUAGAUGAAGGGUUGAAGGUUGACAAGGGUUAUAUGUCGCCUCAUUUCAUCACAAAUCAGGAGAAAUCUUUGGUAGAAUUUGACAAUGCGAAAGUUCUAGUAACAGACCAGAGAAUUGCUUUUGUCCAAGAAAUACUUCCGGUCUUAGAAAAGACUACCCAACUAAGUGUUCCGUUGCUAAUUUUUGCUGAGGACAUCUCGAAGCAAGUGUUGGAAACACUAGUGGUCAACAAGAUGCAAGGUUUACUAAAUGUUGCAGUUGUGCAAUGUCCUGGUUUUUUAGAAGGAAAGAAAGCUAUUCUGCAAGACAUUGCCCUAAUGACAGGCGCUGAUUUUCUUUCUGGAGAUUUCGGUCUUUCAAUAAUGAGUGUAACCUCAGAUCAACUUGGCAUCGCGCGGAAAAUCACCAUAACCAGUAACUCAACUACCAUAGUAGCGGAUCCUCUGAUGAAACCCGAAAUUCAAGCGAGAAUUCUGCAGCUAAAGAAGGAUCUUGCGGAAACAGACAAAGCAUCUUUGUCAAGAAAGCUAUCUGAAAGAAUAGCGAAACUAUCUGGAGGUGUUGCUGUGAUUAAGGUUGGUGCACACACGGAAACAGAACUGGAAGAGAGGAAGCUUAGAAUUGAAGAUGCUAAGAAUGCAACAUUUGCUGCCAUGGAUGAAGGAAUAGUGCCUGGUGGUGGUGCAGCAUACGUCCAUCUUGCCAAGCACGUACCGACCAUAAAAAGUGCCAUGACAGAUGAGAAUGAGCAGAUUGGUGCUGAUAUUGUGGCAAAGGCACUUCUUGCUCCUGCAAAAACAAUUGCAACUAACGCAGGAGUAGAUGGUGAAGUUGUGGUGGAAAAGAUUCAAGCUUGUGACUGGCGAACUGGAUACAAUGCAAUGACGGAUACAUAUGAAGAUCUUCUAGAUGCUGGGGUAGCAGACCCAUGUAAAGUUUCAAGGUGUGCUCUCCAAAGUGCUGCCUCAAUUGCUGGAAUAGUUCUUACAACUGAAGCUGCAAUGGUUGAGAAAGUAAGGACGCCCAAGCCAGCUGUUCCUCAAGUUCCCGGAAUUACACCAUGACUUGCGGGGAAAUGAACAAAGGCAGUUCAAGACUUGGAUAUGCCAGAAGAGCUCGGUGUUUUGGUUCGGGUUCUACUUGGAAUUGUAAGAUAUGCAGUUUCCUUGUGAUAAUGGAUUUCAAAUGAGCAUCUGAGUGAGGGGAAGAAGACAUCCAUUUUACACCGGCCAAACAACCAGCAUUCAUUCUUCUGCUGCUAACUUUUGGGGCUGCAUGUUAAAUGUUUGAGCUUUGGAGCAUUUCAAACAGCAUGGAGAGACACGUAGCACUCCAGGCAUUGCUUGACGAACAACAACUUUUCAAAGCAGCUGCAUCUCGACAUUGGUGAUUUUGUUUCCCUAUUGGUAGUGCCAGGUGAGUAGGUGACCGAUUUCACUCACCAGCUGUGGUAUUAGGAUGUCUGAAAUGGUGCACAAGCUAGUACUGUACCUUUGGAAAACUUGGAACAGGAAAGGAGUUCAAAUCAUGUUGGCUUAAUGUCUAAGUGAAGUAUGUCCUCAAUUCAUUAACAGCAGCCCACAAUCCUUCCAUUAUACGCCCAGCAACGUUGGGAUUUCUUACUUUGUUAAAGCUGGAGGUUGUUAUUCUCCUUUCUGUUUUGUCGCUUCCAUUUUCAGGGGAUCAUUGGUUGCGCAUUACACCAAUUCCAUACCAUUUGAGACACUUUUUUAUGUGGUUUUCCGGUUAAUUAUUUUCUUAAUUCAAUUACUGCAACUUCAUUAUUAUAAAUUUAAACUUUAACUUUACUCCUAAUUCAUUCGCUAAAGUGGUUACAUUUUGUACCGGAACUAGUACAGUCAAUAAGAAAUCGGAGACCGCAGCAAUCAAAUCAAUUCUUCUCAGCCGGUGGUCGGCGAGUCAAAUUUAGCCGGCAUUACAGGGAAGAAUCGUGGUUGCACGACCACGAGUCCUCAUCUACCUGGCUAACUCCGUAUCAGAAAUGUUUGAGUUUGUAGAAGAUCGUGGACCGGAAGUCUUGAUUUGAUUUUUUAUUUUAUUUUUAUGAAUGGGUGUUGUUUGUGUCCGGUUACUUUAGAGCCCAACUCCUCACCAGCUUUAUCCCCGCUCUACGUGUCCAAGGCACUUGACUUGCACACACGCACACGGAGGAGGGUGUCUGGGCCCGUUAGUCCUCCGACGAUAAAGUCAGUUUGGGUUUUAGAGAGAGAAGUGGCAAGCUCAAGUGUUAAGUGAGAGAAUCCAACCUGGUGUAAAUAUCACCUACCGACACUAUUUAUACUCACCCAACCCUGAAUCAGGCUUCAUCAACCCAGUUCCAUGUCAGCAUCGCAUUUAAUACUCCGUACCUCUGUCAGGCUGGGCGCCCCGACCAACCUGUCAGGUCUCUAACAGGUACAAGGCGCACAGACCGUACUCUCUUGUACCCUUCCGAACCUUGUCUCCUAGUUUCCCAUAUUUACCCCUGGGUCUGGCCCCGCGAACCAACCCGCAGAUUGAGCCCACGAAGCAUCAUCUUCUUCCUCAUUGGGCCGCCUUGGGCAUGUCCUUGGGCCUAUCUUCUUAAUCCCCCAACAAGUGCAAAUCACCACUAUCUCUUAAUAAUUAAUAGAAUGAAUAGCGACAUCAUCAAUAAAAUUGACGAGAUUUGUGAUAUGUUGUUAAGCAGAGAACACAAAGUAGUAAAGAGUUUUUGGAUACAAAGGUUCAAUAUGUAGUUAGUAGAAAUAUCAUCAUCAUUUAAGAAUAUAAAAUAUAAAAAUGUAUCAUUGAUCCCAUUUUCAUAAUGAUAAAUAAGUCCACGGUAAAAUGCUAUUAGUUUGUUGAUUGUCAAGAAAGAUAAAGUAUAAAAGCUCGCUGAAAUUGCUUAACGAACCAUAGAUAGUUUGAAACUAAAUCUUAAACCUCGCAAUCCUACAUAAAGGUUUCAAUGCUCUUCUGUUAGGAACAAUAUGCCACUAAUCAAAAAGAAAUGGAGAGUUGUUGAUUCAAGUCAACUUUAUACUAACAACUCAACUUAGAGGGACCAUCAAAACUUGAUAGCAAAUGCCAAAAUUAGGGUUACCUCUAAUAUACUAAUAGACUCGAUCAAAGUAAUAAGGAACAAAAUUAAACACUCCUUCUCUAUCAGUUCUAGUAGGUUGAAUAAAGAAUCGACCAACCUACUUCAGUAAAUCAAUCGAUGAUUCCACGUUUUAUGAUAGAAUUGUUAGUAAACGGUAUUUGAUCUACGAUUGAACCUUUCCCAAAAACUCGAGUUAUUGGGAUCAACGGGUUCUUGACAUGGUAUCAAAGCCUUCUGUGACUGAGAGGUCUUCUGUUCGAAUCUCGAUGACCCCCAUUUGUUUCUGUUCAACACACAUGGUGUCCGGACCUAUGCAAACUUCAAACCCACAUAUGGUGGCUUUCGUUUGAGCAGGCGUGUUAGUAAACGGUAUUCGAUCUACGAUUGAACCUUUCCCAAAAAAUCAAGUUAUUGGGAUCAACGGGUUCUUGACAAGAAUUAGGUUGCAAUAGCUACAAAAACCAUAAACCUAAAGAUCCAAUAGCCACCACUCUUCGUUGUAUAAUAAAAUUUUGGUGCACUCUAUCUUCAAUCUCAAGAGGCGUAUGUUUGAACCAAAAAUUCAAUUUCUAAUCCUUCUUCUGCACCUCCAUUUAUUGAACUCCAUUCUAAUCCUUCUUCUGCACCCAGUUUAAAUCCCGAAGAAUAAAAUCAUAGUGCUAAGAGAUACCAGAAGAUUGAUUUUCAAAGGUGGUCUGACACGCUAAAACUGCCACACUAGAAAAUGGCCAAGUGUAACCACCGUCUAAUGAGUAGUAUAAAGGGUUUAGCUUUACCUAUCAAGCCGGGUCCUAGAUGCGAUGACUACUCCGUGAAAUUCUUUGUUAUCAGCAGUAUGAAUGUUGUGCAGUUUGGACUAGUCUAAGCAGACACAAAGCAGUGAAAGUUGUGAUUCAAGUUCAGAGGAAGGUCACCCAGAUAUGGUUCCCCCUAGAGCGUAGUGAAGUUCAAUUAUAAUCCACCAAGUCCAAGUGUAAUGAUAGUUAUGUUGCGGAAUGUUCUUAGUCAGUCUGAAGUCUCGACUAAAGGUCUUCAAACCCUCCCAAUCCGGAUACCCGGCGGGCGACUAACCUCCACCGGAGUAAACACACUGAGGCCCUAACGCACAAAACCUCCUCUACUAGAACAAAUCUAGUACAUAGCAGUGAAUUGACUUCUCGACUAAAGCAAUCAAUUCACUACCUUCAAUCAAGGGUGCUCUAUCAACUUGUGCAUAUGUUCUCUUUCUAGGUUAAAGCAGAAAUCACAGGAAUUUGAUCAAGAUUCAAGCAAUUCAGAAAUCAUGCCUCAAUUGAAAAUAAUCAAUUUCAAAACGUCAUGUGCUUGGGUUCAUACAAUCAAUCCUAACGAACAACUCUAGGGUUCUUCAUACCUAGGUGAGAGAGAGGGUUACAACAUUGAGAGAGAAGAGAAAUCAGUUUCAGAUGCAGAAAUCAUUGUGUGAAGGAUGAAGAUCAGCAUCUGGUUGUCAAUCGACACUUCUCUAGAUUUCAAUCGAGCUCCAAUGGCGUCAAAGCUCGAUCUAGGGCACCUUGGAGGUUGGGUUCGUCACUUUCUCUCUCUAAAACUAUAUUUCUUUCUCCAAAGCUCAAUCCCCUUUUCCAAAACCCGAAAUUGGGUUAAGAUGCAGCUGUCGUGAUUGCACGGUCAGGUCGCACGGCCGUGCAAUUUCCUUGUAUGCCUGUGCAACCCAAAACGCAACAUUUGGAUUAGUUCCGCUAGGGGAGUGCACGACCAUCGCACGACCUAUGCAAUCCAAGAGCCUGGUCGUGCAACUUCUCACAGAGUUCAUCACGGCCAGAAAAUCAGUCAUGCACGGCUGUGCGAAACCUGGCCGCGCAUCUUUGCUUGCACGGCCACCAUGCAUAGUCGUGCGUCUUCUCGAGCUGGCCGUGCAACUCAUCUGCUCUUUUUCGCUCGUCCCGUCUUCGCCCAAUCGACCCCGAACUCGUGCUCAAACCUGCAUUCACGCAUUAGGACCUGAAAUGUCAUAAACAAGAACAACAUAGUGUAAAAUCGGCUUAAAACCCGAGAUCCGAGCCUCAAACGAUAUAAGAAUGCUGGACAAAAACAUGUGUAAUAUCGAGUCAUCACAUCCUUGUACUGUAAAGUGAAAGGGAUGCGAACUAUUGCACGAUGUAAGGAAUUUCAGAGGUUAGAAAGAGAUAAGAACAAAGAUACAAAAGUGCUAAAUUUAAAUAUAAAUUGAAAAAUGCAACGAUACAACACGUAUUAAUAGAAUUAGUUUCUUCGAUGUUAGCCAAUUACCAAUUUACCUUUAGCGAAAAUGAAGGAGAGCGCAGUGAUAGAAUUAGUUUCUUCCAUAUUAGCCAAUUACCAAUUUACCUUUAGCGAAAAUUAUGGAGAGAGUAGUGAUUUUAGAAUUGAGAAACUAAAUGAAACUCUGCUAUGAAAAUUGCAGUAUCAAACACCAUAAAAUACAUUCAGUAGACUUAGUGGACUUGCUAAUAAUGAUGGAAAAGUCCUCUGAUAUUUUCAGAGUGUCACUUCGUGUAUGUUUUGUAUUAAAAAAGAUAAAACAAAUUUGUUUCGUGUAAUUUAUUGUGAUUGUUGACUUUGUUUAAAGAGAACAGUGUUCAAAUCCUUAUAUUGUCAUUUUUUACAUGGAAUAAAUAAAUUGUAAAGACAAAAAUGUCAUUUCUACUUUCAAGUCUUGUUGCACGAAAUUUGAAAUAGAGAAAAUUAGACAAAACUCUGACUACUGGUCACAAGGAAUUGAAGCCUGGUUUUUGGACAAAAGAACUUAACGUAGGUAUGCUAUGACCUCUUACUAGGUUGUCUCACAAACUAAAGUCGACAACUUAGUGCUCGCGACUCAUGCAAGAAGCUUAGUCGAAGGAUAUUGACCCUUGAAGGCAACCCGAUGCUUAAGUCGAAAGGAUUAAAAAUAAGAUAGUAGAAGAGAAUAAGAGUUUUUACAAUAUAUUUUCCAUAAACUAUUUAUUUAUUUAUUUCUCGUAAGCUCAUGACUCCUUUUAUCUUUGAAUUUUUUUUCUACGAGUCUCAUUAAUGCACUUAUGAAAUACUCGAUGAGAGUAUGAAGCCCAACAUCGUGUGCUUUCAAUUGCACUCAACGUGCGGCGUUACUUGCUUUCAUUGUCGCUCAACACCCUGAAGAUUCUGAAAAUAUAGCAACCACCACAAUUCACCGAAUUUCAUUAUGAGUUCAAAAAUCACUAAAAACACCUCUUAGAUAAUGUACCUCAACGUUUCUUGAUCUUCAAUUCCAUCUCAAGUUUAACAGAACAUAAUUAUGAGUUUGAGACUAAAUGACGCAUCAUCAACUCUUCGUAAAGAAAAAAAAUAUAAUAUGAAGUUAUUUUUCCAUCAAUUAUCAAAUUUUUUUAUCCACACACAAUGUCUACCAUUUAUUUACUUUUCCAUCGUGAAAAAUUCAUGCAUUUCAUCGACUCUAUUGUCAAAGCUCAAAAGUUAUCAAAAUUUUUGUUAGGAAAUUUUGAGAAAAAAUUGAAACAAACAGGCCAAUAAUCCUCCUGCUAUAGAGGAAAAAAGAAAAAAAAAAAGGUUGGAGCUAAAAAAUUUCCGGAAAUGAAUGGCACGCCCGUCCGCUUCUCGAACAGGGAAGUGGAGCUGACUUGCUACUUUCUUCUUUGGUUGAACUUCACCGCUGCUUUUAAUUACCAACUACCCCCAUCUCCAUCUCCUUCCUUCCGUCCCAUAAACGUUCUGCCACGAU